UUUUGUUUCAUGAUAUCAUAUGCCUGACAGGCUGAAUGCUUUGGUUGAUCGUUUUAAAAUGGCAUUGAAUUGUUUCUUUGCCAUUUGGUUUGUUCUCGGUAAUGUAUGGAUUUUUGGUGGACACUCCUCUGCUGCAGGUGCGCCAAACUUGUACAGGUUAUGUAUAGCUUUUCUGGCAUUCAGUUGCAUUGGGUAUGCCAUGCCAUUUAUCCUGUGCGCAACAAUUUGCUGCUGUUUCCCUUGUAUAAUUUCUUUCUUGGGCUUUAGAGGGGACCUAACACAUACCAGAGGAGCUACAUUAGCAUCGAUUAAGGCUUUUCGUUCUUACAAAUUCAUUUCAAAAAGAAAUCUUAAUCAAGAAUUAAGUCAAAUCAUCUCUAAAACGCAUGAUGGUGGGAUAUUGGCUGUUGGUACAGACAAGGAGCGGUUAAUUUCUUUUGAUGAUGCUGUGAGUUUUUUACUUAUCGGCUCAAAUAUCAUAUUGCAUCCUUCACCUCAAUGUUAA